UCUUGCAGAAACACAGAAACUUGCCAAACCAAAAAGAGGAGUCAAUGGGGCGAAAUAUGUUUUCAGCUCUCAUUUUACUUGCCUUGCUUCAGAAUGUUUUAUCAGCUCCGCAACCAGAUGAACCAAAGAAAGGCUCCACUUCUUUUGUGAAAAUAGACUCAUACAUUGACCCAGAACUGGAAUCUGAAGACGAAUACACAGUGGUGGACAACACACUUUUAACCUUUGAUAAAAAGGAUUUAGAAAAUACAGAAACAGAAGAAUAUCCAAGUCUAAAAGAAGAAAAACUAGAUUCUGAUGAUGAAACCCCGGUCAAAUCUAAAGAGAAAGAAGAUACUGACAUUGAAGCAAAUCCUGAAGAUAAAAAAGAAGUCUCAAAAAAUCGUGUGAAUUCAGUAUUUAGGUCAAAAAAAGUUAGAAAUGAUGAGGACAGAGCCGUUGGUACUGAAAAUGAUAAAGUAGAUGUCAAGGAAAUUGAUGGAGAAAAAGUUGAAGAUAAUGAAAAAGAUGGAGAAAAAGCUGAAGAUAAUGAAAAAGAUGGAGGAAAAGCUGGAGAAAUUGAAAAAAAUGGAGAAAAAGCUGAAGAUAAUGAAAAAGAAGGAGAAAAAGCUGAAGAUAAUGAAAAAGAUGAAGAAAAAGCUGAAGAUAAUGGAAAAGAUGGAGGAAAAGCUGAAGAUAAUGAAAAAGAUGGAGAAAAAGCUGAAAAUAAUCAAAAAGAUGGAGAAAAAGCUGAAGAUAAUGAAAAAGAUGGAGAAAAAGCUGAAGAUAAGGAAAAAGACGGAGAAAAAGCUGAAGAUAAGGAAAAAGACGGAGAAAAAGCUGAAGAUAAUAAAAAAGAUGGAGAAAAGGCUGAAGAUAAGGAAAAAGACGGAGAAAAAGCUGAAGAUAAGGAAAAAGACGGAGAAAAAGCUGAAGAUAAUGAAAAAGACGGAGAAAAAGCUGAAGAUAAUAAAAAAGAUGAAGAAAAAGUUAGUUAUGAUGAAUAUUAUGAUAACGAAAAUUAUGGAAAAAAAGCUGAAGCUAGUAAAAAUGAUAAAGAUAAAGUUAAAGACGAUGAAAAUGAGUCUGGAAGUGGCGAUAUUAACGAAAAAGAAAUUAGAAAAGAUGAUAAGAAAGCUGAAAUUGAAACAGAUAAAGAAACUAAAAUUAAUAAAAAGAAAUCUGGAAACCCCGAUCAAACAAAAACAAAAGAGAAAAAAGAUCAUAAAGGCCCCUGUGUACCCGGAAUUGAAGGAGAUAUGAAAAGUAACUUCACUACUGGUGGUUGGGUAGACUCUGUUAAGCCGUGUACACUUGUUACAAUAACAUUGGAUAAUAACGAGUUUAAUAUACGGAGAGCAGAAGAGGGGUCUCCAGUAACAAUCAAUGGGUUUCCUAUCACUGCUGAGGAGUUCGACCAGGCGGUGCAAGGGAACCCUGUAACCCUGAAGAAAGAUGGUUUGAAAAGUUUACUAACCGUGUAUGGGUUUAAUGUGAUGCUGGAUGGGAAAUCAAUGACGUCAGGAGAGAAACAAACCACAAUAUUUAAACCCUGGGUUUAACUUUCUUUGUUAAAAUAGAUAAAAAUAUUUUGGUAAUGCUAAAAAUAAAUAUCGUUAUCGGUAAAUUA